GAUGGGUUCUUUUAAAAACACAAUAAUUAUUAUCUUUUUACUUUCAACCUGUGGAUUGGGAUCUCCGAUAAGAUCUAUUACAGCUUAUUAGAACUGUGAUCAAAAAUGGCAUAAAGAAUUAUUGAAUGGAGAUCCAGAAAAGACUCUUUGUUAAAAUGGUAGCUUAGUAAGUUGUAUAGCUAUGAUAAUGCAAACAAGUGCUAAGAUAAUUAAUAAUAGAGCUGUAAAUCCAGCCAUAUUAAAUAAAUACUUGACCAAUAACAAUGGAUAUAAAUAAGGAAGUGAAAUUAAUUUUUCAGUUUUGGACAAUGUUGGCUUACAUUUAGUGAGAACAGUAUCAGAUUUAAAGACAGCUAUAGGUACUAUCGAAGUUAAAUCUAGAAUAUUAUAAUAAAAACUAUUACAUAGUAUUGAACAUAAAUUAUGGGAAAAACUAUGGUGUUUUAAUAGGAUAUAAUGAAAAAGAUGCUAUUUAUAUAAUUAACAAUCCAAUUAAUCCAUAGGAAAAUAAAAUUUAAGCCAAAGAUAUUGCUGUGGCCUUGAUCUUUAAACCCCUUUGAA